AUGCAGGAGCAGGCGGAGUGCACAACAACAGCAAAAGCGGCGGCUGGUGAGGCCUUCCUGGAGGCGGUGGCCGCUGGCGACGUGCUGCGCGUGCGGCAGCUCUUGCGCGAGCACCCGCCCAACCACGUGGUCGAUGCUGUAGACCACCUUGGAUGGACGGGGCUGAUGGUGGCGGUGGAGGCGCGCCACGUGGAGAUGGUGGAGCUGCUGCUGGCCAGCGGAGCCGACCCGCACCACCGGUCGAGCGUCGACGGCAUGCACGCCCUCCACGUCCUCGCCGAACAGAGCCAACGCCGCGUCUGCCGCUUCAUGUCCUCACACACGUGGCACUUGGCGAAGGCCGCAGAAAGAGUGCUGCUGCAGGCCUUGCUCGACGCCGGCGUCGAUCCCAACGUGCCCACCACAUCCAGCGGCGAGACGGUGGUGCACCUGAUGUGCCUGCGAGGCAACAUCGAGGGCGUGCGCGAGCUGCUCGCCCGGCGCCUGGUGGUCGACAUCGACGCGCGCAACGCCCACGGCGACACCGCCCUCCACUACGCCAUUCUCAUGUUCGCGGCCUCUGCAUUCUCGGCAGCGGCGCGCAGAGGCCACGACGAGGUGGCGCGGCUGCUGGUGGCCCACGGCGCGUCGCGCGCGGUCGAAGGUCGCUUUGGCACGUCGGCCCAGGCGGCGAUCGAGUUCGGACAGCACCACAUCGUCCAACGGCUCCGCGCACUGGCGCUCCGCAACGAAGACGCUCAACAACUGGUCCUCAGUCGUCUGCCACCAGAGGUGGUGGUGCACGUGCUGUCGUUCGUGGCCAACGCGGACGAUCUCUGUUCCCUUUCCAUGGCGAGCAGAGCGUUGGCUGCGGUGAGCCGGGACGACGCCCUGUGGAAGCCGCUCGGUCAUCCAUCGUGGGCCGACCACCACGCCCUCAGGGAGGGCAGCGCCUGGAAGGGUGCCUACAUGCUGUGGCUACGCGCCGCCGUUUCGCAUGGAGUGGGCAAAUCGGCAAUCCUACGCCGCUACGUCCAAGGAGCAUUCGAAGUGGCGCGUACGCCUUCUGUCACGCAAUUCGAGCGCCGCCAUGUGGAGUGGCACGACAAUCGAAUUGAGUUGCACUUGUGGGACCCGAGCGGGCGCGAGCGGUUCAGAUCGAUCUCGCCGAUCGUUUUCCACAACGCGCACGGCGCGGUGGUAGUCUACGACAUCGCCGACAGGUCGACCUUCGACUGCGUCACACUUUGGAUGGAGGAGAUACGCAGGAAGGGCCCGGAAGGAAUGGCCGUGGUGCUGGCGGGCAACAAGGCCGACCUGGCCUCCACAAAACGCGCCGUGACCGAACGCGAGGGCAGGUAG